AUGAGUGAGUUGGACACUCAGAAGACCUGUGAUGGAACUGUUUCUCGUCUGCUCAAUGUGGUGGAAAGUGAGCUUCAGGCAGGGAGGGGAAAAGGCGACCCUACAGAGAAGCAACUUCAGAUCAUUCUGGAGGAUGCCCCUCUCUGGCAGAGGUUCAAGGAAGUCACUAACGAAAUGAUCGUGACCAAGAACGGCAGACGGAUGUUCCCAGUCCUAAAGAUUAGCAUCACAGGGCUGGACCCCAAUGCCAUGUACUCACUCCUUCUGGACUUUGUCCCAAUGGACAGUCAUCGCUGGAAGUACGUCAAUGGAGAAUGGGUACCUGCAGGCAAGCCAGAGGUCUCCAGCCACAGCUGUGUCUACAUCCACCCAGACUCCCCCAACUUUGGUGCCCACUGGAUGAAGGCCCCCAUCUCCUUCAGCAAGGUGAAGCUGACCAACAAGCUCAACGGAGGUGGGCAGAUAAUGUUGAAUUCUCUGCAUAAAUAUGAACCCCAGGUUCACAUAGUGCGUGUUGGAGAUGCCCAUCGAAUGGUGAUGAACUGCUCCUUCCCUGAAACCCAGUUCAUAGCUGUGACUGCCUAUCAGAAUGAGGAGAUAACAGCUCUCAAAAUCAAGUACAACCCUUUUGCCAAAGCCUUCUUGGAUGCUAAGGAAAGGAACCACCUCAAGGAUAUUCCAGAAGCUAUGUCUGAGAGCCAGCAUGUGACCUAUUCUCACUUGGGAGGCUGGAUCUUUUCCAAUCCGGAUGGAGUGUGUACAGCAGGAAACGCCAAUUUCCAGUAUGCCACUCCGUUGCCUCUGUCUGCUCCCCACACCCACCAUGGCUGUGAGCACUAUCCUGGCAUCCGAGGACACCACCGGCAGGCUCCCUACCCUUCUGCAUACGUGCACAGAAAUCAUUCUCCCUCAGUGAAUUUGAUAGAAAGCUCCAGCAAUAACCUGCAAGUUUUCUCUGGAGCUGACAACUGGACUUCCUUAUCCUCCACACCCCACACCAGCAUCCUGUCUGUACCCCACACCAGCGGACCAGUCAAUCCAGGGCCUAGCCCAUACCCAUGCUUGUGGACCAUCAACAACAGCGGCGGGGGCCCUGCUGGGUCGGGCUCAGAGGUGCAUGCCAACUCCCCGGGAGCAUUUCUCCUGGGUAACCCAGCUGUGACUUCACCUGUCUCCACCCAGACACCCACUUCAGUUAGUGUGGAGGUUCUGGGGGAGCCCUCGCUGACCAGCAUCGCCAUGUCCACCUGGACAGCAGUGGCUUCACAUUCCUUUACAGGCUGGGGUAGCCCAGGUAGGGGUGGGCGCCAUUUUCCCUCCUCACUGGAUAGUUAAGCAGGAUCCUAAUGAAGGUGUCAGUAGAGAAUCUGUUAGGUGUAGAGCUCUUAGAAGAACCACCUACUGACCCCAGUGGGUCAGACUGCAGAGUCUCCCCACCCGAUGAAGUGGGUUGUAGCAGAAGCCUCCUAGGAAAUGGUUUGGUUUAGAUGAUGCUAAUUUUGUCACCUGCAUCUCUCUACCAUUUUCUCUUUGUGCUCCCAUUUUUUUCCUGCAGCUUAUCCAUGCCAUGCCUAGGCAACAAAAGUUCAUUGAGUACCUUCCUUGUGCCCUGACCCUUACUCUCAAAUGAUUCUAGAAGGCUGCCCCUUCUGUUCUGUGGACAUAGUGUAAAGCUGGUAAGUGAGCUCAAAAUUUACCUAGCCUAAGGCUACUGCAUUAUAACUUUGUACAAUCCUAAACGUAUGUGUAGCCACAGAGCUUCUGCUUUGAGACAAAGAGAGGGUGUAAGUCCAUGGAGUGAAGUUAACAGAAGUAGAGUUAAUCGCAUGUUAUAGCACUGGGAUUUGAGGAAAUGAAAUCAUGUUGCUCCUUGACUCAGAACCUUGGAUGACUCACCA